AUGAAUUUUCUCAAGUCUGCAGUGGCCUCUGCCAUUGCUCAAGGACCACCAUUCCCUUAUAGCUUCGGCGACAAGGUGGACAUUGACGAGUCCAUCUGGACGUUGAAUAACGGCACCAAGCGAGAAGACGGUUCCAACUGUAGUAUCUUUUCCUUCGAUGUUGCUGCCAACAAAUCCCGAUUGCCUCUGGCGAAGAACGCGCUGCGCAAGCUGAGGACCCUACGCCACCCAGGCGUUAUCAAGGUGUUAGAUACUGUAGAGACCGAUACAUACAUUUACAUUGCGACCGAGCGAGUGGUGCCUUUACGAUGGCACGUGAAAAGAAAGAGUCUUACACCGGAAACGAUAAAAUGGGGGUUGAGCAGUGUGGCGCGAACCAUCAAGUUUAUCAACGAUGAGGCUUCAUCAAUACACGGCAACCUAAAGGUUGGCUCUGUGUACACCUCCGAGAGUGGAGAGUGGAAAAUGAGUGGCUUUGAAGUUCUGAGCAACGUCAAAGACGACGAAGCAGUGAUUUACGUGGGUUAUACCCGCUCAUUUGUAGCGAACAUCGUCACUAACGUUGAGAUGCAGACGUACGGUAGCUUGGUGCCAGAUUCAGGGCGAUAUGCGCCGCCUGAACUUGCUCGCGGUGGAUGGGAUGCUAUCAAGAAGAGCCCGCAUUCCGCCGUGGACUCUUUUGGCUUUGGAUGUAUGAUAUUCGAAGUCUUCAACGGCGACUUCAUGGGCUCUGAUCAAGCCGGCCAGACGAAGAGCAUUCCUCCGACAAUGCAACAAAGUUACAAGCGUCUCGUCAACCCCAACCCAAAGGCGCGUGUCAGCGUUGGCCACUUUUUAGAACAAGGGCAGAGGAGCGGAUCGUUCUUCGACAGCCCCUUAAUCAAAUUGACGGAGGGAAUCGAGAAUCUUGGUGUCAAGACUGAGACUGAGAGGGAGGCAUUCCUUGACGAUCUCGAUCAACUGACGGAUGAUUUUCCUGAAGACUUCUUCAAGAUGAAGAUUCUCCCGGAGCUCAUCAAAUCGGUUGAGUUCGGAGGGGGUGGGCCGAAAGCCUUCAGUGUUGUAAUGAAAAUUGCAGCCAAGCUUUCAAACGAGGAUUUCGACUCCAAGAUCACACCCGUAGUCAUCCGGCUAUUCGCAAAUCCCGAUCGAGCGAUUCGCGUCUGCCUUCUCGAUAGCUUGCCUUUGAUGAUCGAUCGUUUGACGCAAAAAGUAGUCAACGACAAGAUCUUCCCACAGCUAGUCACUGGUUUCACCGACGUUGCACCAGUUGUUCGAGAGCAGACUCUGAAGUCAGUUUUGGUCAUUAUUUCGAAGUUGUCUGAUCGCACCAUCAACGGAGAGCUGCUCAAGUAUCUCGCCAAGGCGGCAAACGACGAGCAGCCAGGCAUCCGAACAAACACCACAAUUUGCUUGGGAAAGAUUGCCAAGAACCUUGGAACGUCUUCGAGAAGCAAGGUGCUUAUUGCCGCGUUUACCAGGUCUCUGCGAGAUCCAUUUGUGCAUGCCCGAAAUGCCUCACUGAUGGCCCUGGGCGUCACAGGGGAUUGCUUCUCCGACGAGGACGUGGCCUUGAGGAUAAUGCCCGCGGUCUGCCCCUUACUGGUUGACAAGGAGAAGGUUAUCCGUGACCAGGCGAGCAAGACGAUGGACGUUUAUCUGAAGCAAGUCAGGAAGGCGGCGUCCAACAUGCCCGAUUCCGCUCUGCCCCCCCAGGCCGCAGAAGGCGCCGGCGGGCCUCGGAUGAGCACUCCUCAACCCAACGAGGCCUCAGCAUCAUCAUGGGCCGGUUGGGCCAUCUCCUCUUUCACCAACAAGCUUUCAACGGCCAAUGGCGAGAUGCAGACCUCUAACGGCUCAGGAUUUGCAUCUCCGAAGCCGACACCGUCACCAGGCCCAGACGCGAAGAGGCCAACGACAUCAUCGGCCUCUGCUCUGCACCGCCAGGCGAUCAAGUCCCCUCCGCCGAUGUCGCGGACGCCAUCGUCAGUCGUGGCAGAUGCAUUCAACCCAGAACCUGCCGAUGAGGGCGGAGACGCUUGGGGCGAUCUGGGAGACGACGACGGUUGGGGAGAGCCAACUGGCAACAGCAACUCGUCAGCUAAAAAGGCAACGACCGCCAGCGCAACACCAUUCGACGACGGUGCUGAGCCUGAUUUUGCCGGCUGGCUGGCCGCGCAGUCGCAGAAGAAGACUGGAUCGAGCAAGCCGCUGCCAAAAGGCCUCACAAAGUCGUCGACGGCAGCAGCGAAGAAGCCUCUGGUAUCGAAGCCGGCGGCUAAGCCCGUGGUAGCAAAGAAGAUCGACAUGAAGCCGAAGGACGACGAUGACGACGAAGGCUGGGGAGACGGGUGGUAG